CCGAGCGUCAUCGGCAGUCAUCGGCGAACCGCGAUUGAACUCUCGUCGACUCCUUUAUAGGGUUACAGAAACAGAUAGAUAGAUAGAUAUUAAAAAAAAAAAAAGAGAAAUAGAGAUACGAUAGACUGAAAGACAGAUAAAUUAUACAUAAUCAGAAAGAAAGACAAAUAAGGGAAAUAUACGGAAAAAAAGGGAAACUAAUAAUUGAUUUAUUAGAUAUCAUAAUUCUGUUUGUUUUCAUUUCUUUGACAUAUUAAUAGUGUAAUACCUCAGUUCAAGAGUAACAAUACGAAAGAACAACAUUUGUUUCAUUUUCUCUUGAAAAGAAAUUUUUCCUCCAAUUACGUUUCGUUGAAUAUAAUUUCUAUAAUUUGUUCUUUUAUUAUUUCUCGUUUGUGUGUAUAUUCGAUCAGUAACGCACGAAAGAUAGGUUACGAAAAAGUUGCCGGUUUAGUAUCGCGUGAAUCGUUCUCUCUCGUGUGUUUCGUUAUUGAGAGACUCCUCGCGUAGGUGUGGUGUGUGAAAAAGGAUUUUCUGUGACAAAGAACGAGUAUCCUAACGUCGUCAAAGCAACUACUACGAUAUAUUACCAUUACUGUUACACGACGUCGAGAAGGAGGACGACGAGGACGACAAGGACGACAAGGACGAAGACGACGCUGCUAUUGCUAUUGGUGGAGGUGGUGGUGGUGGUCGUGGUGCUGCUGGUACGACGAAUAUAGGAACGUGCACUAAGAGACGUUGUUGUACUAGGAAGGAAUUGGACGUUGGCCUUGCAUCCGGAGAUUGAUGAACGUGUAAAAGGAGGACACGGAGUAUAUUGGCAAAACGCGUCGCGCGCACCACUCUCGAGGAAUGGGAAGGAUCCAAUGAAAGGCAUCGCCAUAAGAAUUCCAAGUCAGGAUAAAUAUGUUCUUCUGGAUGACCGAAUAACCAUUGGAUAAACACAUCGAAGAUGAAACGGCCAUUGGUGCUGACGUGCUUCCUGCUGCUCCACUCCAGUAUCCUGGGUGCACCACGGACAGGCUGUAAAUUUCCAGAGGAGUGGAACGGACGGUGGUUUCAAUCGGGUGAUCCUAACCUCGUAACCGUCAACGGAUCUAUCAUAUCCAACAAGGGUCAUUGCAUUGAGGUCAAAGACAACGACAAGUUCCUCUUAUACGACACGAAAGAGGGUUGCUAUAGGUGUAUAGUUAUGAACGAGAAACAUCCUAAUGUGUUGCAGUACAAAGAAACUUUUUGCACGAUCGAAUCUUCGGAGCCAAGUCUGGAGACUAUUUGCGAUAAACUCACCACCGAUGGCAACUUGAUCUCCUUAUUUCGAACGGGAGCAGCACCCUUACCCUGCCCUAUAAAGGGACCCCUGGAGUUCACUUACAGUCAAGGCGAUGGCGAAUGCGAAUGGCCGCUCUCUCGUGCCGAAGUAUGCACGCAAGAGUCCCGUUUGCUUUUGCGUUAUCAGGCUUGCCCCAAUGUCCGUUCCACCGAAAGUUUAGAAGUCCAAUUGGAAUGUUUGGCAACCUGGAGAGAGGGUAGUACAAACUACAUGGUGGCGCGGUUAUACGGUGAUCGUAAGACGAACAACGAGGAAAGCUACAGGUGUUUUAUAUAUAGCAGAGUCUCGAACAACACGUGGAACAUGGCUCAAAGCGGAGACGCUACUUGUACCGGCCUUCUUAGCAUCACGGAGGCUACAAAGACAUUUAAAAUGAAACAGAAAUACAUGACGGAACGUUGCGCGUAUCCACCAUGGGUUGUAGCUCCAAAAUCAUGGGUGGCCUUGGAUCGAAUAGCCUCCCGUCUAUUAGCCUCGACACAUAACUUGACGAUUCUCGAUCGAAACGAGACUCGAUUAGCUUGUCAUGCAAUAGUGCCAAUCGAGGAUCACCAUCAUCAUUAUUCUUCAGCGACGCAUACUUACAAUCAAAUGAUGUUCGUCGCUAAAGCUACUCGUGACUGCAAGAACGGUUACGUUUGCAUCAUGUUUCAUAAAAGGGACGAACACGUGAUAGAAAUGCAACUAUCAAAAUGGAGCAAACAACCGGACGACGUGUGCAACUCGACUACAUUCAACUCUCAUUCGACACCGUUCACAACGUUCAUUAAACUCGCAUUAGCAUCGGAUCCAAUGACAAGACAAUGUCCGUAUCUUGGUCGUUACGAAAUUGUUUCCGUGGUGCACUGGCACAGCGCCGACAACAUCGAGGAUACUCUCGGAGUGGAUGGCGAGUUAAGCAUCGCAAACGUCGUCGAAGUACAGGACGUUAGAGUGACGUCGACGCCGUUCCCAAGGCGAUGCCAUCAUGAGAGAGUUCGUUGGUUGGACAUUGGAUGCAGGACACCCGAUCGAAUGGAGUUUGCGACCUCCUGCAGCGACGAUGAAGCCCUAUCUGAGUAUCUGUGUCAUGGAACUUGGAUCGAAAACGACACGGCUUACUUGGUGGCGAGUACCGACGUUGGCCGUUAUUGCCUCGUUUACAGUGCAUCUGCUGCAACGACUGGAGAUAGAGAACUUUCUGUAACGGGUCAUCUUGCAUCAUGUCCGAGAGCUUCACAUCGGCAUCCUGUUUCUUGGCAAGUUAACCUCACUUCCUACGUUCAAUGCGGCGACAUCUCGUCGGCGUCGUCGUGGAGGUCACACGUGUCCUCUACCGUGGUCAUCAUCGUCCUCAGCAGCAUCCUCUUUGGUAGAUAUAUCGCGAGGUGAUGCCACUGAACCUUGAAGCGCCAUUCGCGAGUGGCUGUAUAGUUUUUAAAAAGAAAGAAAAUCUUUUUUCGAUGGACGAUGCGACGAAUAUUACAAACUAAUGAAUGAAAAAAGAGAAAGAGUCAUGGGAUAGAAAGAUAGUAAAAGAAAGAA